AUGUCUUUUAUCAUUCCUAUAAACAAAAUCAACUUUAAUAAUAAUAGUAAUAAUAAUGUGAUCACCAAUCAAAUAUUUAAAUCAAUCAAUAUUGAUUUAAAAAAACUCCUCCAACAACAAGAAAAAUUGACCAAUUUUAUUAUACCACCAACAAGAAAAUUAAAAGUUAUUGGAUCUCUUCCAAAAGAUUUAUCAAUCAUGGAGAAACAAUGUCGUCCAGAAAUGGUAGAGACAUUAAAACUUGAAGAAUAUCAAGAUGAUAUCAAAGAAUUUUUCUUCUUGUUUACUGGAAUUAAAAUUAUAAAGAUUGAAAACCUUUCAACUGUUCCUACAUUUCCAUCUUUUUGGCCAUCACUGUCGGAAUUAUAUAUCACUACCAAAGAUGUUUUCCCUUUAUCAUGUGACAUUCAAUUUCCAUUGACACUACAAGUUUUGUAUCUAAGGUUCCAACAAAAUGUCAACUUUUCAACAUUGGAUCUUCAUCAUCACUCUAGUCUCACCAAAUUGUCAAUCAUCUCUGACAUUCUUCAAAAAAUAGAAAUGAACAAAAUCUUGUUUCCCAAUAGUACCGGUUUGUUGAAAUAUUUACAACUUACUUUGGAUUUUAAUCCACAAGACUGUAGGAGCAUUACAUUUCCACCCAAUUUGGAUUAUUUUGGAAUCACAACCUUUUCAUUGGACAUGGAUGGAGCAGAUACUUUGGUUCCUCUUCCCAACAACAUUACACAUUUAAAGAUUUUAAAUUGUGAUUAUCGUUUACCAGACAAUUAUUUUCCAUUGUCUCUAAGAGAAUUGGUUCUUGGAAGAGGUAAUAUUUCAAAUAUACCAAUCAGUUGUAUUCCCAAUGGUACCAUUGAAAAACUACAUUUUACAAAACAUAUUGGACAUGUUGACCCAAAGGAGUACUUUAAAGACUCUAUCACUGACCUUUGUAUAUUUGUUCACGACCCUUCCAUUCCUCUUGGAUUACCUAGACAUCUUGUCAAGUUAAAGAUUCAUUUAGGGUUUCCAGAUUUUGGUAUCAAUCCUCCCCAUUACCCAACUACACUAGAUUCAUUGGAAUACAAAUAUUAUGCAGAUUAUGAUCGAUCAUUAAUACUCUAUAUUCCAACAUCAAUUACAAAGUUGACUUGUCAAAUGAUGUCUAGUCGUUUAGACAAUCAAAUUUAUUCUCUUCCAUCAACAAAAAUAUUCAACAAUAAUAAUAUUAAUAAUUCUGAUCCAAACCAUUUCAUUCUUCCAUCAAAUAUCAAUAUUUUAUCAGUUGAUAUUCCAACAACAACAAAUCAAAAUGAAGAUUUCAUGAUUCAAAUUGAUCAAAUAAUCAAUUCUUCCAAUGUAAAGGUACUUGUAGUAUCAAAAGAACAAAAUACAAGAUUUGAAUUUCAUAUUAAACGUUUGGAAAUGGAUAACAAGUAUGUGAUGAUAACUGAAAAACAUAGUUUUACUGGUGGUAUCAUCAGACAACAUCGAGUAGAAUCAAAUCAUGGAUUAUUAUACAAUCCAUCAUUUAUGAUUUUUAAAAAAAUUGAUUCAAAUUAUAUUGUAAAGUUUGGAAAAUCGAUAAGUAAUUAA